ACGGCUGGCUGGCUGGGUAGAUGGACGGAUAACUGUCUAAAGGUGAGAUGACAUGACUUGCAUAGUGAUAAUUCUUCAUUGGAGGUUUUCAGGCAUCUAAGAAGGGAGUCAAACUAUAAAUGGGCUUUUCAGACUAGAUUCUUCUAAGGCACCUGACACUAUUGAGAUUGACAAUACCUUGUAUUUGGUCGGGGAUGUCACUACAAAUCAUAGUUAUACUUAUCUAUAUGGGUAGCUUGUUCUUUUAUACAAAUUACCAAAUUCUCAUUACAGGCCUACAAGUGGGAGUAGGAAUUACUCCCACUUCACAAAUGAAGAUAUUAGGGCUCGGGCUAAGUAUUUGCUCAAGGUAACAAGGUUAGUGAAUAGAAGAGCCAAAAAUUUUAACCCAGAUCAUAGUACUCCCAAAGGCCUAUCCUCUUAACAGCUACUCUAUAAAGAUUCUAUACGAACAAGUACAUAAAUAUGGUAAUAAGCACUUGAUGAAAGAACAGUUUAGGCUGUAAGGAUAUUUAGAAUUCUUCCAGGGGACUUUGCAUUCACCUAAUAUUUUAUUUAAUGCCCACUAUGUGCCAAGACCUAGGGAUACAGUAGUCAGUAAAAGGGACAUGGUCCCUGUCUUCCUUAGGUUUGCAACAGUUAGAGAAGACAGAUGUUAAACCAAAAAUUGCACAAAUAACUGUAAUUAAGUGCGUUGAAAGUAAAGUGUAAGGUGCCAUGUAACAGGGAGAUCUAAUCUAGUAUCGAGAGUCUCAAAUAAUGAUUUAGUUGUCACAGCCCUAUCUUUCUCUAAAAAGUUUCUGGUUACCAGUUCCUGACGUAUGUUUAACCUGUAAUAGCCAAAUCCAAAGUCUUAUCUGAAUCACUUUUAUUCCUUGCUAGAAAGGAUUCUGACUGUUGUCACUCACUAGCAGACUGUGGGUUUAAUAUCAAUAGCAGUCACUCAUAAAUCAGUAGGUCAUUUCACUCUGACAUAAGUACUACAUUUCCAACAGCACUCUAGACUCCAUUUUCUGGAUGUGUCUCUGACACUCCAAGCAACUUGCCAUACCACCCGUUCCAAGCCUCCCUAUUACUGUUCUUUUAACCAGAAAGAACACACUGGCAUAGCAUCAGACAGUAUUUUUCUAAAAAUUGUCAUAACUGACCCUUUCUCCUUGUCCUUUUUGCCUCUCCUCUCCUAUUGGUGCAAACUCUCUUUUGGACUCUUGCUGUCUUCACAAUUGAUGUCAGUAGAAUAUACACGUGUGUGAACUCUUUUCUCCUAAGUUUUUUGGGUACAGACCGUACAUACUGUAUUUUCAUACCUCUUUGCUUGAAUGUAGAUAGGUACUAGUCAGUAAAUAACUGAUGUGAUAACAUGCCAUAGAAGUUAUUGUACAGCACCUACAGUUUACAGUGUUUAGAAAAUUAUACAUCUGUUUCUAAUAUAAACCUUGCAAAGGAUGUGGAAUCCCAUCUGUAAACAGAUGAGCAAAAUGAGGCUCAAAUAUGUUUCAAUAGUCUUCCCAAAUAUCACAAUUUCUAAACAAUAGUGACGUGAAAAAGGGGAAUGCUGCAAAAUAAUCCAGUAAUAACCUCCCUCCCUAUUUACCAAGUAAACUAUUCCCUCUUUGAGAAAGCUUUCCUUAAAUUCUCUCCUCAAAUCUCCACUUAACCUCAGUUUUGUCAUUUGCCAUGUGAAAAUAAUUGCUGUCCCUUCCAUGUACCACUGGAAAUGUUCUAUAUCUGCACUUUCCAAGAAGGUAACCGCUAGCCACAUUGGCUACUGAAAUGUAAUUAAAAUUAAACAAAAUGUAAAAUUCAAUUCCUUGGUUACACUGUUGGCUACGGUAUUGGACAGAGCAGAUAGAGAGUAUUUCCAUCACUGCAGAAAGUUCUGUCGGACAGUCCUGUGCUACAGCUAGAACUACAGCCAAAGAUCCAGGGAAACAACAUGACUGAACUGAAAAUCCAGGCCAAGGUCUGGUUGGUUUUGAGAAAGUUCACUGGGUGAGUGUGAAGCAAGCUGGCCUUUACAACAGUGACCUCACAAUGCACAGUUCACAAUGGCUCUAGAACACCUGGGCUCCCAGGCCACUCUCCCUAACUCGUAUCUAGGUUCCUGAAGCCUCUGCACGUGUAGUUCCUGGAGCUGCUGUCUUAUUAAAAUGUCAACAUCUUUUCCUUCAUCUUCAUCGGUCUGGGACAACAUCGUCGAUUAUCUUUCUCUGAGCUCGAUAUGGAAUUGGCUACAAGCAAGUCUUCUGGGAGAGACUAGAUCACCUCAGCAAACAAAUUUGGGACUACUAGAUAAUCUUGCUCUGGCUGUGCAAGUUAUCCUGGGGAUUUCCUUUUUGCUUUUGCUGGGAGUAGGAGUAUAUGCCUUAUGGAAACGAAGCGUUCAGUCCAUUCAGAAAAUAUUGUUGUUUGUAAUCACCCUCUACAAACUUUACAAGAAGGGCUCAGAUUUUUUUCAGGCUUUGCUGGUCAGCCCAGAAGGGAAUCCUCUCCCAGUUCAAGACACUAAUUUCUUCCUGUCCUUGGGUCUGCAAGAGAGAAUUUUGAAAAAACUUCAGGCAGUGGAGAACAAAGUGAAGGACCUGGAGGGGAUGAUCAUUUCCCACAAACCUGCCAUGAAAAGGGAUUGCUCCUCGGAGCCUUACUGCAGCUGCUCUGACUGUCAGAGCCCCUUACCCACAUCGGGGUUUACUUCCACAUCUGAAAUGUGAUGGACUCCAGUCUUCUCCAGAAAAGCACUGUUUUUCCCUCAUGUGUGUGGUGGUGUAUCAAUAAAGAUAGAGAACUAUAUUGCAGUUACCCUGCAAGGACUGGCUCUCUAUUCGGUAGGGCCCAGCUUCUACUUACACGUGUGGUGGGGUGUACUAGUAGUCAAAAAUGUCUCGGAGAUAAUGAUGCCACUCGGUAGGCUGGAGGCAAUAAACAGCCAUAUAGAAAAAGAGAGCCAAACUGGAAUCCAUGGGAAAAGAAGGGAAAGCGGGUCAGGGAUCUGGCCUUGAGCUCCAUGCUGAAGAGGUUGGGUGAGAUAUCAUCAAAGCAGCAAAACUGCUGUUGAAGGGCAGUGCUGUGUACUGUCCUGUGGAGGUAGGCUGGCCGCUGUGCUGGCCUUUAGCCUACAGGUAAAUACGUGGCCCAUGAGUCUGUGUGCAUUAAUUACCCAGAGAUGGAGAAGGAUGGGCUGGGUAUGAAGGACACUCUACUUUUAUCCAACUUUUAUUGAUACUUACUCUGGGCUAAGCAUUAUGAUAAUCCUUGGGAAUCUGUCCUUUGUGCUUCAGAAGCACCCAGUUUGGCUGGUUGGGCGGGUAAUUUCAGAACAAGGAGUUAUAUAUAAUGCAGUGGGAUCACAUCAUCUUGAAUUUAGCUGAAUUCACCUAUGAGAAUCCCAGCUUGGCAUGGAGGGAAGGAGGCCCUGCCUGUCAUUUAACUUGAUGAGUGUGUACUUUGAAACGGGGCGGGGGGCGGGGGUGGUGGCAGUAGAUUAUCCCCUCAGUGGGUGGGUUUCAGAUUCCACAAGCCUUAUAGUGUGUGCAUUUUUGCCACAGUAAAUGUGAUUAUACAGUUAUUGAAAUACUUUGUAACUCUCUGACACCCAAAUGAAAUAUUUUAAGAAAGAAUCAGUGAUUUAUUGCAUGCUGCAGAAAAACUGGCUGUACUAGUCAACAGGAGACAAUGUAACAAUCUCCCUAGUAGCAUCUUCCUAAGGAAUUAUGAGGGUAAUAUUGAUCAUCAUUUUUUUUGUCCAGUGCACUGGCAUUAAAAUGCAACCUCUGGGGGUGCCUGGGUGGCACAGCGGUUAAGCGUCUGCCUUCGGCUCAGGGCGUGAUCCCGGUGUUCUGGGAUCGAGCCCCACAUCAGGUUCCUCCAC